AUGGCGAACAGCGCAGAUAACCCAGACCUUGAGGAGAGGUUCGAGGAUGCCACCGAUGUCAAUAAUGAUUCAAAGCGAAAUUCCUCCCACUCGGACCAGGCUCCGCAGGAUCCCAAGAACUCCAAUGAGCAUCCUCCCACCCCGAACGACGACGAGCAAUCUAAAGACGAGCAAAGAGAAAGCACGGGAGACCCAGGGCCAAAAGUCCCUGAUAUAACUACCGAUACAAGCGCUAUGGAUGACUCUCACGAUGCCCAGCAAACGCCGACGUUGAAACCUCCCGAGCCCUCAACUGACACCUCCGGCGAUCCUGCAGAGAAACCCGUCCCCCCUAAGCCUGCUACUCGCCCUUCAAGGUUCCAAGGCUUUUCUGCUUCGCUACCUUCAGUGCCUUGGGGACCGCCUCCUCCCAGAAAAGCUUCCGAUGCUCGAGCACCGUCCCCGCAACCGCCUCCUCCCCAAUCGACGUCCUCCUUUAGCCGCAAGGUGACCACUCCUUUUGGAUGGUUGAGCCGAGCAACAUCGGCUCCAAAGGAGACUCGCUCUCCCCCUUUACCUUCAAAAUCACAACUCGACACACGGCGGAAUACGGCAGCAUCAGCGUCCACUCUCGGCAGCAAUGCUGAUUUGACGCUAAAGGCGCUAGAUGAGGCUCAAGAUGGGUCAAGCGGUCAGAAGCAGCCUUCUCGAGCAUCUCUCCGCGAACAGUUUAAGAUGCUCCGGCUACGGGAAGAAGCAGGCAUAACAAGCUUGGAGGGCGCGGAGUCAUCCGAAGGAGGUGCAAUAGCAGGACUUAUUGGACGGUCGGCCAGUUUGGGUGUUGGAAUAGCUACUCCAGGCAGCGUUGGCCAGGAUGAAAAUCUUGUCUCUACCCCUGUCAUGUCACCGUCUUCGCCCAUGGUCGAGUCGCUGCCCACCAAUCCAAAUCUGCCUCCUGGAACCGUGGCAGGGGUGGCAGCAGCGACUGCAGAUACGAGCACGCCGAUUGAUUGGGACUUCUGGCAAAACGUGGUCAACGAGGGUCCUCAGGCCGUUGCUCGGACGAGCCCUGAUGAGUUCACUCAAGCCAUCAGCGGGGGUAUCCCACAGACCAUCAGACCGGUGAUAUGGCAAGUGUUGGCAGGCAGCAAAAACGAGGAUUUGGAAGCCGUCUACUGGGACUUGAAGUCGCGAGGGCCACACUCGGAACCAAAAGAGGGCAUGCCCAAAUCUCCUUUACUGAAUGGACAUGUCAACGGCAGUGCCAAGGAGAAAGAAUCAGUAGCGUCGUCGAGGUCGUCAAUAAAAUCGGAUCACUCAACGCCUGCCACCAGCUCCAACAUGGGCGUUGCGUCUCCCUCGCCUUCCCACGAAGCACCAGAUCCUUUGAGCACGGCACGUCUCCAGACCCAACUGGCCGUCGAAAAAGCGAAAAAGUCCAAAGAGGAUUCCGCAGCACUAGCCAAGCUGGAGAAGAUGAUCAAGAGAGACAUGGGGUCAAGGACAAGCUACUCGAAGUAUGCGGCGGCAGCGGGUCUUCAAGAUGGGCUGUUCCACGUAUGCCGCGCAUAUGCACUCUUCGACGAUGCUGUUGGAUACCCUCAGGGCCUGAACUUCAUCAUUAUGCCUCUUUUGUUCACAAUGCCCGAGGAAGAAGCUUUCUGUCUGCUGGUUCGGUUGAUGAACAAAUACCAACUCCGUGAUCUUUUCAUCCAGGACAUGCCAGGACUGCAUCUACACCUCUAUCAGUUUGAGCGAUUAUUGGAAGAUCUGGAGCCUGCGCUAUAUUGUCAUCUCAACCGUCGAGGCGUGACCCCGAAGCUCUACGCGACACAGUGGUUUCUCACUAUGUUUGCAUACCGGUUUCCACUACAACUGGUCAUGCGGGUCUAUGAUUUGGUUCUCUGUGAAGGGCUCGAGGGUGCAAUUCUAAAGUUUGGAAUGGCUGUCAUCCAGCGGAACGUGGCCACGCUGCUGGCGAUGCAGGACAUGCAGAGCCUCACGAACUUCCUCAAAGAAAAGAUCUUCGAUGUUUAUAUCGAUGCCGCACCCUCGUCCAAGUCGAUCCUGGAGUCAGGAUUCUUCGGCAGCUCUGGCGGCUCUGACACUGAAAUUUAUCGAGCAGAUCUCCUUGUUCAAGACGCAUGUGCGGUAAAAUUGACACCCGAAAUGCUCAAUCGAUACCGAGAGGAGUGGGAGACAACCAUGAAGGCCGAAAAGGCACGUGAGACCGAGCUAGAAAAUCUCAAGACGGAUUGCGCCACAAAGGCUGCCCAGAUCCGCUCCCUCGAGCAAAGGGCUGAGAAAUCCGACGCCGAGCACAUCGAGAUAGCUAAUGAGCUGGUGCGGCUGAAAGUCGAGAACACCGAGUUGCAGGAUCGUAAUGAGAGCUUGACUGGACAAGUCGCCGAGCUGAAAAAGGUGGCGGAAAGCGAGGCCGCAAAUGUCGAAGAGAGGCUGCGGGCGGGAACGGAACAGGUCAUGCAGCGCAAUAUCGAGGUGCAGAACGAGAACCGUCAUAUGGAAGAGCAAAUGGCCGAAAUGGAACGAGAGCUUGUGGAGAUCAAGAUGAAGUAUGCUGAGCUCAAUGCCGAACACGAAGCGCUCAAGCAGAAAUGGAACGACUUGAAACGAGCUCUCGAAUGA